AUGGAUCCUUCUGAAACUGGGCAAAAUGCAGCAAAUGUUUUUUGUAAUAAGAAAACAGGUGAACGCAUGUUAGAGGAGGAGAAAUUGAAAGCAGAAAAGAAACUUGAUGAAAAGCCUAAGGAGAUAAAGUUAGAAUGGGGUAAGGGCUUGGCUCAAAAGCGGGAAGUUGAAGCUAAACUAGAAGAAUUAGAACGUGAGAAGGAGAAGCCAUUUGCACGGACUAGGGAUGAUCCAGAACUUGACAAAAUGAUGAAGGAAAGAGUAAGAUGGGGUGACCCCAUGACACAUUUGGUACAGGUAAUCUAAGAAUCAGUCA